ACCCUUUGGGGAAAGGCAAACAGCUGCAGGGAGCACUUGGGACCUGUCAUCAGUGAACCAUGGGGCUGAGUGAUCAGGAAUGGCAGCAGGUCCUGACCAUCUGGGGAAAGGUGGAGUCUGACCUACCUGGCCAUGGGCAUGAAGUUUUAAUGAGACUCUUUAAGGACCACCCUGAGACCUUGGAUCGCUUUGAAAGGUUCAAAGGCCUGAAGACCCCUGAGCAGAUGAAGAGCUCUGAAGACCUGAAGAAACAUGGAGUUACCGUCCUUACCCAACUGGGCAAAAUCCUGAAGCAAAAGGGUCAUCAUGAGUCAGAGUUGAAGCCCCUGGCUCAAAGCCACGCGACCAAGCACAAAAUCCCUGUCAAAUAUCUGGAGUUCAUUUCUGAAGUCAUUAUCAAGGUCAUUGCUGAAAAACACCCUGCAGACUUUGGGGCUCCUUCCCAGGCUGCGAUGAAGAAGGCCCUGGAGCUGUUCCGAAAUGAUAUGGCCAGCAAGUACAAGGAGUUCGGUUUCCAGGGUUAGCACAUACAUUCAGAGGGACACCACCAUGGAGGCCUGGCCAUGCAUCUUAGAGUAGCUUCCCCAGCACUGUUUUGGACAUCUCACAAUUGGCCGUCCAAGAUGUGUGGGAAAGCUUUGAUGAGAGGCCAAGAGUCACUCCAGGCAGCGUAGAGGCACUCAGAGUGAUAUCCGUGAUAAACCGUUGUUUCCUGCCUUCAUGUAUACAAGAGAAAUAAUCUGCUUGCUUAGGAAAAAUAAUGUAAGGGGUUAUCUGUGAGCUUCUGC